AUGGACGGCCGUCCUGUGCCUAUCGUUGUUCGGAACCAUGAGACUCGAAAAUUCGAGCUGGAUGAAGCCGCCCUGCGGGGCGUCCUGCUGAGUCCUGAAGUGGGCGACAAACCCAUCUGCGUGGUGGCCGUGGCGGGCGCCUAUAGGAAGGGCAAGAGCUUCCUACUCAACUUCCUAGUGAAGUACUGCAUCAAUAAAGGCUCACCAAACUGGCUUGGUGAUCUCUCGCAACCACUCGAAGGCUUCGUCUGGAGCGGCAGCAUGAAGGGGCAAACCACCGGAAUUGAAAUCUGGAGCAAGCCUUUUUUCUUCACCAAACGGACGGGAGAAGAAGUGGCAGUGAUACUUAUGGACACACAGGGCACCUUCGACACCGAUACACCGCAGGAUUCCACGUUUAUAUUUGCCCUAACUUUGCUGGCCUCCUCCGUGACGGUGUAUAACAUCAUGCACAACAUCGAGGAGAGUGACCUCAUGCACCUACAGUCGUUCAGCGCGUACGGGGCCCUGGCCCAGCAGAAUGACCAGGGCUCGCGAGCAUUCCAGAAGUUGUUGUUUUUGGUGCGCGACUGGAGUUUUGCUCAGGAACACCCGUACGGCCACGAGGACGGUCAACGGGUGCUGGAAAAAAAACUAGAAGUGAAGCAAGGGCAGAAUUCUGCGCCCCAGAGGUUGAGAGAUGGCCUCCGCCAGAGUUUCGAGGAACUGGAAUGCUACCUCAUGCCGCACAUCGGCCUCAAAAUCAAAGACAGUAGCUUCGAUGGUCGACGUAAUCAAUUGGAUGAGCGAUUCGUGGAGCACCUGCAGCUGCUGGUGCCUCGCCUGCUGGCGCCUGAGAACCUCGUGCUGAAGCGCUCAGCGGUGCGGCGGGGACAACCCGCCACCGGAGAAGAAUCUUAUUGA